UUUCUCUGUAUACAAAGAAGUUUCGGUCGAAGUAGCCGAGUGCAUUUAGCUGGGUACAUAGAGGAGGGAAGACAAUGGACAUCACAGGUGUGGCUGCAGUAGCACCGAGCAAGCGGACAGCAGGGAUCAGCAACAGAUGCCUUAUCUAGGCAGACCAACCUAGAAGGUGAAACCUCUUCUGGUUCCCGUAACAAGCUUCUUGGGAUUUAUUUCUUGGCCAGUAACAUGCGGACUCCGACCCCCAUGAUUGUGGGCCUUGUGCUCGGUCCCUGUGGCCUUGUCCUGAACCUGACAAGCACGCUGGCCCCCAGCUGGAGGGAUGUGACUGGAUUCCUUGACAUGUCAAGAGAUCUGAUUCAGCACCAGGGGAUCUGGCAUAUCUGCAACGAGCUCAUGAGCACCCACAACAAUGAAUGCAACGUCCAAGACACCUAUGGUUACUUUAACCAGCUGCCAGUGCAAGUGGCCAGAGGUCUCAUGCCCUCUUCUCUGGCAGUCACAGUCGUGGGGCUGAUUGUGACUUCCUUGGGCGUGCGAUGUUGGCAGAACCUGCCCCACCAUUUGCUCGCGGGGCUAGGCGGCCUGGUGCUCUUUGUUUCUGGCUUGCUGAGUUUGAUUGCAGUUUCAUGGUACAAUUACGAACUGUAUGACUUACCUUCUGCUCCAUCCACUACCCUGCGGGUGGCCUACUGCUUGGUUCUUGGAUACUUAGGGAGCUGCCUGGAAAUUAUCGGAGGCAUCUCUCUUACUUUUAGCUUCGGCCAAUGCUGCAAAGAGUUGAGACUGAAGAAAAGCACCAUGAAUUCCAGGUAUGCAACCCGCAGCCCGCAGAGUCUGUCAAAUGUUGGACCCAUCUCUGCCCCCAUCAGCAGCACAGCAGUUCAUAGGCCAUCUCAGAAUCCCAUGCCCAGAUCCUACAGUAAUUCUCUGGAUGUGCUGGAAGGGGAGACGACCUGGAGGAAGGGCAGGAGUGAGAGCAAACUUCCCUGUGACACAGAUGUGUAGCCCUAAACUUGAGAAUUCGCACAAAACCAAAGCAAGGAGGAAAGUUAUUGGUAAUAUACUAUAAAAUGCCCAUCCAGGAAUGUCUGCUUACCAACCCAACAUUUUUCCUUCUCUCUUGACAAAUGAAUCUAUAAAAGGACUACUGAGACUCUGGAGCAAUGCGUGAUUUACAUAUUUUCUCAGGAUGUUGGUCUACUGCUUAGGCCACAUAUAUUAUUAUCACUGGACACAGAAAAAGUAUAAAUGGAAUGAAUCAUACCUUUGACCAGGUCUGUACUGCUAGGAGUUUGGAGAUGAAGUGGGCUAAGGAUCCUCUCAAGUGAGUCAGCUGGUUAGUAAAUAAACGCAGGAUUUAAAAAA